AUUAUUCUGCGUCAUCACUCAAAAUGGCCCCUUAGAGGUCGAUUUAUUUUGUUUUACUGCAACUGACUCUGUUGUUUAUUAUUUUGUAAAGCAUAUCUGUAAAUUGUAACUCACAGGUCACGUGCCUGUUCGGCUGGGUGUGUUCGACUUCAUGGCAGGCGGCGCUGCGCAGAGCAUACUGAUUGGCAUUUGAAAUUGGUACCGCGAGAGCGAUUCAACAACAAACGGUGCUGCUGCAGUCUGCUCUCAAAUGAUUCUCGCGUAACUUUGAUGUCAUCAUGUCGAUCGGUCUGCGCAACACUGCAUGACGUUGAACACGUCUUUUCCUGACCGCGGUUCUUCUCCAUCUUCCGCUCGAAACGCAGGGUUAUCCGCUCCUCAAGAAGCUAAUCUCUGCAGCAAAUUGAAUGUCGAGGUCCAGAGUUGGCGACCCCUGCUCUAAGGUCAAGCAAAACGUUGGCGAUGCAGCUGUUUGUUGUUAUUUUUGAUCAAGUAAAUCAUGCAAGUAGAUCAUCUUGAGGUUUUGUUUUACAGAACUGAACAGCAAUGGCUCAUCAGGAUUUUGUAGAUUUCCACUUUGCAGUUCUGAUCAAUCGAGUUACUAACGUGAUGCCCAUUGCUGAUAAGCUGUUAGAGAAAAGAAUGCUUUCCACGGAGAAUUAUUCGAAGAUCAAAAACGAAAAAACUAGUCAAGGCAAAAUGAGAGAGCUCUUACCUGUUGUAAAAUCUGGAGGACCUGAAGUAAAAUCAUACUUUUAUGAAGUACUAAAAUUGAAUGAACCUUACCUCGUUCAAGACCUUGAAAGUCCCUCCUCACAGGCCUCUUCUGGUGUACUGCAAUCUCAAGAAGAAACACAAGAUACGCCUGAGGAUGUUCUCAUGUGGAACCAGUCCUCUAAAAAGCACAGCAGUACAAUCAAGGAGUUGCAGAAUGACCGCUUAAAAAAGUUAGUUGGCAGCAUCUACUUUUCUAGAAAUGAGAAAUACUUCAUUGGCUCAGGAAGCAGUGGAACACAGGUCUAUCUUGGCCUGAAAACAGACGGUACUGAGGUUGCCAUCAAACGAAUAACGAAGAAUCCACUGAACAACAAAACCUUUGAGAACGAACUGAAGCAUUUACAAGAUUUAAAUCUCGAGAGCAAGAACAUAGUCAGAUAUGUGGACUUUGCAGAAGAUGAUGAUUUUUAUUACCUUGCACUACAACUUUGUGAAUGUGAUUUGGAGAGCUACAUGGAAGACCUCCGUAAGCCAGAACAUAAAGACAAAAAAGACGCUGCUUUGAAGAAAAUAGUAAAGGACGUGCUUAUUGGCCUUCGAGAUCUUCAUCAUGGUGAAGUGAUACAUCGGGAUUUAAAUCCUAAAAAUGUUUUGAUAGAUUCAGGAAAUAAUGCAAGGCUUGCUGACUUUGGCUUAAGUCGCAAACUGGAGGAGGGCAGCGCUGUGUAUACCGCGAAAGCUGGUACCAGAGGCUGGGAGGCCGUGGAGACCCUUGGUCCUUCUGGAGACAGUAGAUACAGAAUGAGCUCAGAUGUCCAGGUUGCUGGGAUGUUAAUGUACUAUAUCCUCACUGAUGGGAAACAUCCUUUCGAUGUAAAUAACUCGGAUCGAGAGACUAACAUUAGAGAAGGGAAGUACUCUCUUGAUGAUGCCCUUGAUAUAGUAGCACAAGAUCUCAUAAAGAGAAUGAUCAACAUAGACCCGGCACAGAGACCCACCAUGGAUGAGGCCCUACAGCAUCCUUACUUCUGGGAUGAUGUCAGGAAAGAUGCCGUUCUUAGGAAACUUGGAGACAGAGAGGAAGUACAAUGCUAUGUAUAUUUAGAAGAAAUAUACAACCUCUACAAGCAGAUGGAGAACCGUGCGGGAGGAAACCCAACAGCAACAUUGACCCUCGACGAGGCCAUUGAGCAUUUAGAAAUUCCGAAAAAUAAAAGGGAGGAGGUCAGAAAGGGUGUUCAUAAAGCAGUGGGUGAUGAUGUAGCAAAACUUAAGACCUUGUGUGACACUGCAAAGAAAUACAGUGUGAAGAAAAGCUUUUCGACUUGGAAAACUGAUCUUUCGCAGAUAUGGACAUCACCCAAAGACAUCAACCAAAGGGCACCGGAGGACUUACUUGUCCUGUUUCGUUUUAUGCGUAACAAACUGGUGCAUGAAAAACUUCGAUUUGAUGAGAAGAAAUUGCUCAAUCAAUUCCCAGAUUUCUUUAUAAGUUUACACAGGCUGGCUAAAGAGCUGAGCUGGGAUUACUGAAGCUGCAUAGUCUUCAUUUCUUUUUUUGGGAGCAGGACAUUUUAGGAUCUGAGUUUCUUAAAAGUCACUGCUGUCAUGGCUCUGCUUCCUUAGUCAUGUUUUUCUUGGUCCUGUAGCAGAGCCAUGGCAAAGCCUUAGGUUUUAUGUGAGAAGACCAUGAGAUGUUUGUUUUUUGACAUCUCAUUUGUUUUCUCAGGUCUUGUCAUUGGCCCCGCCCCUCUCGUUUCCUGUAUUGUCUCCCUCUUGUGUCUUAUGUUCUACACCUGCCCCUGCUCGUUAUCCGUCGUUUGUCUCUCCCUUUAUAUUCCCUCAUGUUUCUUUGUCUUGUGCUGUUGGAUUGUCUCAUGUGCCUGUGUUCGUGUAGUCAAGUGUUUGAGAGAUUCUGUCCUGUUUAAUUCUCAUUGUUGUGAGAAUUUUCUGUGUGUGCUUCUUCUGUGCCUUGGAUUAUUUUCAUUUUGUCAUAGUAAGUCAGUUAGUUUAUUUCCAGUGUUCUGUAGUUAGUCCAGUCAGUUUAGUGUGCCUGUCUAGUCUGUUUAUUAUUUAUCCUCAGUGUUUUACCCCCUUGUGGGUUUUUGUUUUGUGUUUCUUGUUAAGAAAUAAAGCUUUGUGUUAACCCCUUCA